AUGGCUGGCGGCGAGUCUGCCAACCCGUAUGCGCUGACUGAAGGUGAAAUAAUAACCGACAGCGAACAGAAGCAGAAGCAGAAGCAGAAUCCAGUUCCACAUCCGGCGAGAACUCAUGGUCGGCCAAGUGAGGAUGAUAGCCUGAGUGGCGAGUCUUCACCUCGAAUGGGUGCCGAGUCAUUCAAGCUACUAUGCGACGUGAGUGUCUCGCCUCGUCUGAGUGCGCUCAUUCGCGUUGUAAUCGCCAACGCCACCACCUUGACCGCACAGAAGAUCGAGGAGCAGAGAUCUGCCGCAGGCGAAUUCGGCCUGAACCAUCUCCUGCGAGAGGCACUCGAACGAAACCCGGAUCAGUACACUACCGUCGACUGUGACCUGGUGCUAUCUGCUUCGCUCUAUGGCUAUGUUCAGGAUGGAGAUGAGAACCCUCCCUUGCUGGGCACCAAUCCUGGAAAUAUUGUACGAGACACCUUCAAGAUCGUCAAGAAGUUUUUGGCCAAGGCCGCAGAGCAGAGAGCAGCGGCAUCGAUGGCGGAACAGUCACUACCAGAGGCCACACCGAGAACAGCUUCAAAGCAGCUCACGGCAGUGCAAGCGUCGAAAGCCGAGAAACUGGACAACCGUGCUAAGGAUCUUCCAUCGGCUGGGAAACUGCAGACUAUCGAGCGUAGACGCUUCAUGCGCGCCCUCAAGCGCGGUGCGGCCGCGUUUGAGGAUUACCUCGCAGCCAACCCGAAUGGCUUCAUCCUCUUGAUAAAAGCAGUUGCAGCGGGCGGAAAAGUCGCGCUGCUCGUGCUCCAAAUCGCUAGAGCGAGUGGAUGGAUAGCAAGUCGGUUGGUUGGAGGCGGCGCUGUUGGAGUCCGGAUCUUCACGCGCGCAGCUUUGGGCUUUCUCCAGCUGCUUCGAGAUGUCGCCAAUGACCCCGAGCAUCUGGAAGCACGACCGGCCCCCGGAGUUGGCGUCAUGAUGGACAAGGUCCAGACUCCAUCUUGGAUUGGGCUUCCUGUUCUCAUGAACUCCUACCAGUACGAGAUGCAGAGAAAGGAUGAGAACCCUGUGGUGUACGAUGGCCCGGAACCGGAGCCAGACAUUCGCGCUCCGCUCAGUGACUCGAUGCGACGCUACCGAGAGCUGCCGCAGAUCCCUCGCCAGCGCCCGCCGCAGCGCUUCCUCUUCGACAGGACAGUGGAUUGCCAAGCCCAGGAGAAGCACGCUGAGUGGGCUCUUGACGACUUCCAGCGCUUCGGAGACGUGACGACUACGGUGUACGACCAUGUCAUCUGCCUCGAUAUCACAGUUCCGCCCUUCGCUUACCUGUGCAGCGGCGCGGAGGAGAUUGUUGAUGGUCACAUCUACCGCGUUCUGCAACCCGGCAAUUCGCGCCGCCAGCAGGGCUACCCGUUGCCCCUUGUUGCCCCUGCUCUCGCUGCAUUCUUCCUGCUUCGUGACCCCAAAGCGGAGCGCUGGACAGAGGAAAUACGUCAAGAUGCCGAGUUCGACAAGCUCGAAGAGUUCACGGACAGCACGACUUGGGUAUUCGGUGCAGAGAGUAUCCUCAAAGUUGACCUAGAGAACGAGCAACUCGAGACCUUGAAGAGUGGGGUGCUCUAG